UAACUAUUUAAUGAGAUGUGUCGAACUGAAGUCCUCCUUUAAUCCUUGGACCUCCGUGCUGUGUCAUCGUAUCGAUUAAUUAAUUGAGGACAGAAGGUAUUUCAUCAUGCAAAUUUCGAAGCUUCUGUGUUUCUUCCUGGGUUUGGCUCUCUUCGGGGCACAGGCUCAAGAAGAAAUUUGUCCCCCGGGAGAGGAUGACUGGCCUCAUCACGAGUGCGAUAGGUAUUGGAUUUGUAACAAUGGAAAUCCAAUCGAGUCAGGAUGUCCACCACCCACUUAUUGGAAUCCGAGAGAACAUACUUGUGAUCACCAAAUUAAUGUUCCCGAGUGCGUUGAUGGGACAAGACCUCCAACAGGCACAACCGUUCCAGCUACAACUGAGCCCCCCACUACGGAACCGCCCACAACCGAACCCCCAACAACUGAACCCCCAACAACAGAACCACCGACAACGGAACCCCCUGCAACAACAGCGGCGCCAGACACGACUACAGAAGAAGUUCCAGAGACUGAACCCCCACUAACUACAACCACACCCCCAACCACAACCGAGGAAGUGCCUGAAACUGAGCCCCCACUAACUACAACCGUACCCCCCACCACAACUGAGGAAGUUCCAGAAACCGAACCCACCGGAUCAACCGAUGGCCCCACUGAGACGACUACCCGACUCCCACCUGGCGUAUGCCCGGAGACUGGAAUUGUGAAAAUUGCUCAUCCAGAACUCUGCGAGGCCUACUAUCUCUGCGUCAAUGGGGAUAGACAAGAACCCCCAAGUUAUUGCCCAGAAGGUCUAUAUUUUGACGUUACCAUCGGAGAAUGUAAUUUGGCGGCAGACGUUGAUUGUGAACCACAAACGACAACUACCACCACGACAGAGGCACCAACCUAUCAAUGUCCAGAUCAAGGCGUCGCAUACAUUCCUUAUCAAGGGAAUUGUACUCUGUACAUCUUGUGCAUUGACGGAUCACAGAUUAUCUACCGGUGUCCGACCGGAACCUUGUUUGACACGUCGAAACUCGUGUGUGAGGACGAAUCCACCGCUGUAUGCACUGUGGGGUUGAACUUUGCAGGGAUUGUUGCCAAUGUGAGGGAAUUUUACGUGAAUGAUGUCGACGGUAAUGAGGAUGCCGAUUCUGAUGAAGAAUUCGGUUUUGCUCAAUUUUUCAGGAACCGAGGAAACUUAUUUUUUAACUGAUUGGGAUAUAUUUAAGAUAAAUGAUCAAAGUAAAUGUCAAGCUUUGAAUAUGUGAAUAAAAAUAUGUUGAUACUCACCGUCCUCCCAAGACAA